AAAGAAACGGCGACGACCACCGCACGACCUUCCAAGAAAGAACCACAGCUUAUAUCGAUAGUACGAAGACGAAGCAAAGCAACCCUCUUAAUUACUAUUAUUAUUAAAAAACCAAAAGCAGAUUGACUUUGCCAAACGUUUUUUUCCAUGAAAGAGAACUUGGGCGAGACCUUGGAAAACCUCGCGAACAAGCAAUGAAACUUACAUUACCAAGAAGAAACCCCGGUUUUCCGUUCAGUGUACACAAAUUUCUAUGAACAAACCCCACAAUUUGCUUUUGAAUCAUCACCUUCUUCAUUGCUCAGAGGACCGACCCCUAUUCCAUUCAGUGGUGGUAGUAACUUCUAGUGGAAGGAAAUUAACUUGCUCACUAAGUUUGGAGUGACUGUAUAGACUUUUUUUUUCUGGGUCUUGGCUGCUUGUGGUCUUCUUCUACAACGGGGGUCCCACUCAUUGUACGGAUAUUCGUGUGCCCACCCAGAAACCAAGACAUUAUUCGCAUAAGGAAGCACGUAGCGUAGUGUUUUUUCAUUUUUACAGACUCUCUUCUUCUGCCGUGCUCUGCUUAUUCCAGUAUCUGACAAGCUCAUUCAUCUCUGUGGUGUCUUCCUUCUUUUCCAUUUUUUUUUCUUUCUACUUGGAGUUGGGUUUUAUGAUGCCUGAUGGGGAGACCAAUCCUACGACUGAGGUCAGCGACAAUUUUCGACCCACUAGUUUUGUGCCGGUCGAGAGAUUAAUGGGUCCGUCUUUGAUGAAUGAUCAGGAUGCGGGUUCAAGUACAAGAACAUCAGAGAAAGAUCCCAGGAGAAUCGCAAGGAAAUAUCAAUUGGAGCUGUGCAAGAAAGCUUUGGAAGAGAAUAUCAUUGUGUAUCUUGGGACAGGCUGUGGGAAGACUCACAUUGCUAUUCUCCUGAUAUACGAGUUGAGCCACUUAAUAAGGAGUUCACAGAAUGGUAUCUGUGUGUUUCUGGCUCCUACAGUUGCUUUAGUUCAACAGCAAGCAAAAGUUAUAGAAGACUCCUUAGAUUUCAAAGUCAGGGUCUACUGUGGAGGUUCCAAAAUCUUGAAUAGUCAUUAUGACUGGGAAAGAGAGAUGGAAGAAUAUGAGGUUUUUGUCAUGACCCCUGAAAUAUUUCUGCGUAAUUUAUACCACUGCUAUAUCAAGAUGGAUUGUGUUGAGCUUCUAAUAUUUGAUGAGUGCCAUCAUGCUCAAGUCAAAAGUGACCAUUCUUAUGCAGAAAUCAUGAGAGUGUUCUAUAAAGCAAAUGAUCCUAAACGACCUCGGAUUUUUGGUAUGACUGCAUCUCCAGUUGUAGGAAAAGGUGCUUGCCAUCAGCAAAAUUUAUCUAGAAGCAUCAAUAGUCUCGAGAAGUUACUUGAUGCAAAGGUUUAUUCAGUUGAAAAUAGGGAAGAACUGCAUGCAUUUGUGUCAUCACCACUUGUUAACAUAUAUUAUUAUGGUCCUGUGGCAAAUGGGUCUUCUAGCUCCUUUAUGUCUUAUUCUUCCCGACUUGAGGACGUUAAACGCAAGUGCAUAGUGGCUCUUGGUCAGGUGAAAAGUGAGCAUGAAGUUCUGUUGGCCACCAAGAAAUUGUUGUUCAGAAUGCAUGAAAAUAUCCUAUUUUGUUUGGAAAGCCUUGGUGUUUGGGGGGCAUUGCAGGCUUGUAAAAUUCUCCUUAGUGGAGAUAACUCUGAGCGAAGUGAACUGAUAGAGGCAGCAGAGAGAAACCCAAAAAAUGACUCCUUAAGUGAUAGGUACCUUAAUCAAGCUGCUGAAAUUUUUGCAUCAGGUUGCAAGAAAGAUGGUGGAAUCUCAGAUAUGUUAAAUGUUGAUAUUUUAGAGGAUCCCUUUUUCUCAAAGAAGCUUCUACGGCUUAUUGGAAUUCUUUCUUCCUUCAGGCAACAACUCAAUAUGAAAUGUAUAAUUUUUGUGAAUAGAAUAGUUAUAGCUCGGUCCUUGUCAUACAUACUUCAGAAUCUAAAUUUUUUGGCAUAUUGGAAGUGUGAUUUUCUUGUUGGUGUACACUCAAAAUUGAGGAGCAUGUCAAGGAAGACCAUGAACCAUAUUCUUACAAAAUUCCGAUCAGGGGAGCUAAACCUCUUGAUCGCUACAAAGGUUGGUGAAGAAGGGCUUGAUAUUCAGACUUGCUGUCUUGUCAUACGAUUUGAUCUUCCUGAAACAGUAUCUAGCUUUAUCCAAUCAAGAGGUCGAGCACGAAUGCCUCAGUCUGAAUAUGCAUUCCUUGUUGAUAGUGGGAAUGAAAAGGAGCUAGGAUUGAUAAAUGAAUUUCGAAAAGAUGAAAAUCGGAUGAACAGAGAAAUUUAUUCUCGCUCGUCCAAUGAGACAUUUGAUAGUCAUGAAGAAAGCAUCUAUAGAGUGGCUUCAACUGGUGCAUCUAUUACUUCUGGACGUAGUAUAUCCUUACUGCAUGAAUAUUGCUCAAAACUUCCACAUGACGAUUACUUCGACCCCAAGCCACAGUUUUCCUAUUAUGAUGAUUUAGGAGGGACUGUAUGUCAUGUAAAUCUACCCUCCAAUGCACCGAUCCCCCAAAUUGUCAGCAGAUCACAAUCUUCCAAGGAUGCUGCUAAAAAGGAUGCUUGUCUAAAAGCUGUAGAGGAAUUGCAUAAACUUGGUGCUCUCAGUGACUAUCUCUUGCCCAUGAGAGGCAGAGGGAGUGCCAAUGAACAGGAAUCAGGACUUAACUCCUCCGAUUCUGACAGCUCCGAAGAUGAGACUUCACGUCGAGAACUUCACGAGAUGAUAUUUCCUGCUGCUCUAAAAGAGUCUUGGACUGGUUCUGGAUAUCUUGUUCUUUACUGUUACCAUAUAAAAUGUACUCCAGAUCCCAGAGAUAGAAACUACAAAGAAUUCGGUUUAUUUGUGAAGGCACCACUACCCCAGGAGGCUGAGAGAAUGGGCCUUGAGCUUCAUCUUGCACGUGGACGAUCUGUAAUGGUAAAUUUAAUACCAUCAGGGGUUGUGGAGCUUUUGGAGGAGGAGAUUACCCAGGCAGAGAGUUUUCAGGAGAUGUUUCUUAAGGUCAUUUUAGACAGAUUAGAAUUUGUUCAGGAGUACAUUCCUUUGAGGAAUAAUGCCUCUAGAUCUGUUUCAUCAUCUUACUUGUUGCUUCCUAUGAUUUUUCAUGAUAAUGAGGGAUCACUUUUCAUAGAUUGGAAUGUUAUUAGAAGAUGUUUGUCCUCCAAAAUUUUCCAAAAUGAUGCAUGCCUUAUUGUCAAGGGAACUGCUUCAUCGGAUACCCACCUGAUGCUUUAUGAUGGCCAUAGAAGGUCAAGUGAUAUUGAGAAUAGUUUAGUGUAUGUCCCCUACAAGGGUGAAUUCUUUUUUGUUACUAACAUCGAGAGGGGGAAGAAUGGACACAGUCAAUACAAGAACUCAGGCUUCUCUAGUCAUUUUGAGCAUUUAAAGACAAAGUUUGGCAUUCAUCUUAACUACCCUGAGCAGCCUCUUCUUCGUGCAAAACCUCUGUUCCUUUUGCACAACUGGCUUCAUAAUAGAAAGAGGGAAGAUUCUGAAGCGCGUCAUCUGGAAGAAUAUUUUAUUGAAUUACCUCCCGAGGUUUGUCAGUUGAAAAUAAUCGGAUUUUCAAAAGAUAUUGGAAGCUCCAUAUCUUUGUUGCCAUCAAUUAUGCAUCGUCUGGAAAAUUUGCUUGUUGCUAUUGAAUUGAAAUGUAGGCUAGCAGCUGCUUUUCCAGCGGGUGCUGAGGUUACUGCGAACAGAAUUCUGGAAGCACUCACCACUGAGAAGUGCCAGGAACGCAUUUCCCUGGAAAGGCUUGAAAUACUUGGCGAUUCUUUCCUUAAAUUUGCAGUAGCAAGGUACCUUUUUCUUACCCAUGACAAAUUCGACGAAGGAGAACUUACAAGAAGACGUUCUUAUUUGGUGAAAAAUUUCAAUUUGCUCAAGCUAGCAACUAGAAAGAAUUUGCAGGUAUAUAUACGUGAUCAGCCAUUUGAACCUAGUCAAUUUUAUUUACUUGGUCGUCCUUGCCCAAGAAUUUGUAACGAGGAAACUAGUAAAGAUAUUCAUUCUCACGAUGAUGCAACAAAUAAUGCAAAAGCCAAUGAGACCAAGUGCAGCAAAGGCCACCAUUGGUUACAAAAGAAAACGAUCAGUGAUGUGGUUGAAGCUCUGGUAGGAGCAUUCCUAGUUGACAGUGGCUUCAAAGCUGCAAUUGCAUUUCUCAAAUGGAUCGGCAUACAAGUAGAAUUUGAAGCUUCACUAGUUACCGAUGCUCUCAUGGCAAGCAAUGCUUACGUCCUACUUGCAGAUAGUAUAGACAUUUCUGCACUUCAAAAUUCAUUAGGCCAUCGGUUUCUCCAUAAAGGUCUGCUGCUUCAGGCACUCGUUCAUCCAUCUUACCACAAGCACGGAGGAGGAUGUUAUCAGAGAUUAGAGUUUCUUGGAGAUGCUGUCCUGGAUUACUUGAUCACAUCAUAUCUAUAUUCAGCGUAUCCUAAGCUGAAGCCAGGUCAAUUGACAGAUUUGAGAUCAGUGUUUGUGAGGAAUGAGGCUUUUGCCAAUGUUGCAGUAGAUAGAUUCUUCUACAAGUUCCUGCUUUGCGAUUCUACUAGCCUUCUAAGUGAUAUAAAAAGUUAUGUACACUUCAUUAAAGCACCUCCUUUUGAAAGGGAUUCACUUGAGCAGCCGAGAUGUCCAAAGGCUUUGGGAGACUUGGUUGAAUCUAGUGUUGGGGCCGUUCUUGUUGAUACAGGGUUUGACAUGAACUGUGUUUGGAAGAUAAUGUUAUCUUUUAUUGAUCCUAUUAUGAGCUUUUCAGGCUUCCAGCUUAGUCCUAUUCGGGACAUAACAGAAUUUUGUCAAAAUUGUGGCUGGAAACUAAAGUUUAAUUCAUCUAAAAUGGAAGGAUAUUAUUCAGUCAAAGCAGAGGUGAAAGGAGGCAACUUUCAUGCCACUGCUUCUGCAGCCAACCGUCGAAAGAAAGAUGCCGCGAAAAUUGCUGCAAACUUAAUACUCACAAAGCUGAAGGCCAAGGGAUUCAUACCUGAGGUCAAUUCAUUAGAAGAGAUUUUAAAGUCAAGCAAGAAGAUGGAACCUAAGUUGAUUGGUUAUGAUGAAACACCCUCGAUCACGAUUGAUCAAGUUGACAAUGGUCAUAGAACAUUAAAUGUGCUAGAAUUUUCUAGUGAACACUCGGAUCCACGCAUGCACUGUGUGGUUGACAAUUCUGAACCAGUACGCAUUACACGGAUAAGCAAAAUGCUGGUUUCUUCAUCCCGAACUGCAGGGGAACAACUGAAGCCGGCUUUUGAAGGUCAUGAUAGUCCAACAGACUUGCAGUCAUCAUCAGUAGGUCGGUCGGGGAAAACAACGGCAAGAUCCCGUCUGUAUGAAGUCUGUGCUGCGAACCAUUGGAACCGCCCUUCCUUUGAUUGUAUGAAUGAGGAAGGACCAAGCCAUUUAAAGAUGUUUACUUACAAGGUUGUAUUAGAGAUUGAAGAAGCCCCUGAUACGAUUUUUGAGUUCUUCGGAGCACCUCAUUUGAAAAAGAAGGCUGCAGCUGAGCAUGCGGCCGAAGCAGCUCUUUGGUACUUGGAGAAGGGAGGAUACUGGCUGGGACAGACUGAUACAAUAAGCGAUGACUGAAAGCCAUUUCGUGUGGAUAGCUAAUGUAAAACUCUAGUAGAAUAGAACCAUAUGAAUAGCCAUGUAAAGAUUGUAUAGAACAGUUGUAACUAUUUUAUCAAUUCUGGGUGGGAGUCUUGUGUACGUAGUUAUUCAUGUAAUUUAUCCAUUUAUUAUAUUAUGUGUUGUAACUUGUAAGAUGUAAGUUGCGGACAAACUAUUGGACAAAUAUGUGAGUUGUACUACUCAUUAUUAUUAAAUCUGAUUAAAUUACAAAAUUCAGUUCCGAAUUACGAUA